GCGGGGCUGGGCUGGGCUGGGCCAGGCGAGGCUGGCUCGGCAGCUUGAUGAGUACUCUUUGCGUACCCACUCGCUUGUUGUGUAUUGCGAGCAGUUUUCCGAACAUUCGUCAUGUGAGCGCAGCAGCAGCAGCAGCAGCAGUGGUGGUGGUGGUGGUGGUAAGAGCCGAGAGCAGUGAGGAAGGAGGCAGCACGCUGGGAGACACGGGACGGGGAAAGGCGAGUGGGAAGGCAGGUAGCGGAGGGAAGCAGACAGGCAGGCAGGGAGAGAGAGACACACUUACACGCAGGCAGGCAGGCAGGCGGACGACGAGCCGCACGGAAGUGUGGACUGGCAUCACUCGCUACUCAUAAGCGCGACCGCGAGAGAGUGGGCAGGAUUAGCGAAGCAAGAGAACAGUGUGACGACCAUACAGCAGCAGCGCAGGCGUAAUUCAGCGUAGAGGAGGGAGGAGAGGACGAGGAGCAAGAGCAGAAGAAGCAGCAGGAGCAGCAGCAGGACCAACCGAGCUCGUGCGCGCGCGCGGAGCACUCACCUCGGUAGAGAAUGCGAUGAGACGGGAUUCGGGUCAUCGUGCGUGAUUGUCGAGAAGCCGGAGCUCGCAUUCUGCAUAGUGGCGGAGGCCGUGCCAACGUUCGGCUUCGCAUGUCGCGAAGCUGGAGGUGAGAGGAUUGGUCGGAUUUGGCCCUGCACAAUCGGUUCUUUGAUUGAUUGCUGUCCCUCGGCCGCAGCUGCUGCUUGCGCCUGAACUUGUGGGUGGGUGUUCCUUAUCCGGCCCGUAGGAAGGACCGACUCGGGACACAGCAGUGGCAUAGAGGGUUUCAGAGUGUGGCUGUGAGUGAAGUGAUCGUGGAGGACGGAAGAGUAGGCACCACGGCGAGGGCUCCUCCAGAAGAGGUAGAUAGGGCAGGAGCUAUGAGAGGCGGUGAUGGUGUCGGAGUGAGCGCUCUAGAAUCACAGUUUGUGCAUUCCGCGAAGGAGCCCGAUCAGCAAAGGCGUCCCGUCAGGCGCCCCACCAGGCGUGAGAGGCAAUCGAGCAGCAGUAAUCAGAAUGGGAGGACCAGAGGAGCAGGCCGCAAUGGAGUUAUACGUAAUGGAUACUCGCAUGGCGCGAGAGGUGUCACUCUGUCAGCUACGUCCGCUGCGGUUUCGGUUCCUGAUCGCAGUCCCAAGAGAUUGCAAAGUGAUACUAGGAGCGCCAUGGCUAAUGGCUUGGAUCACGAGGUGGGAUCCGCGAACGUCCGCGAGGAAGAGCAGCGGGAAGCUUCUCCCAGCGAAAGAGCAGGAGAGCAUAUUCAUGAUGAACUUGGACAACUUUGUCUGACGAGGAUCGAACAAGAGCAGGAUCAGCAGCCCGAGAGAGAGAGGUUAGGAGAGUACUUCCCUUGGAUACACGACGAGCUAGGUCAGUUGUGCCUCACCAGGAUUUCUCGGUCGAAAAUUUAUCAGGUGGCGACUGUAUGCAAGAAGUGGAAGAACUUUCUACUGGGCCCUGAGCUUUACAAAGCUCGUCGAGCUCUUGCAGUGAAAGAGGAUUGGGUAUUUAUUUUAGGGGUGAAUGUGGAUAAGAAUUGGAGCGCCUUCAGGCCUACUCUUAACGACUGGAUAGUUAUUCCUCCUUGCCCUAGUGACUACGUCUUCGAUUCUUGCGAUAAGGAGAGCACAGUAGCUGGAUUGAACUUGCUCGUUCUAGGGCAAGGUGGCGAUGGGUAUGUGAUCUGGAGAUUCGACACUAUCAAGAGUGUGUGGUCGACCACUCCGAAGAUGCAUACGGAUCGAUGCCUUUUUGGCUCGUCUUCUUUCGGCGAAUAUGCCUAUUUUGCUGGAGGUACAAGCCGAGGUACUAUCCUCAAGUCUGUCGAGCGAUACAACUCAGAAACCGACUCGUGGGAAUUGCUUCCUGACAUGAACACCGAAAGGAAGUGUUGCUCGGGAUUUGUAAUGGAUGGAAAGUUCCAUGUAAUUGGUGGCCUACAGCAGAAAGAUAUUAUUCUGCAUUCCGGGGAAGUCUUCGAUCCUGUGACAAAGACCUGGACCCAGAUUGAGGGCAUGUGGCCGCAGUCCUUUGUUCCUAGCACGCAAGUCGCACCACCCUUGGUAGCCGUGCUGAAUAACGAACUUUACGGUAUUAAUAUAAUAGAGAACAUGCUCAUGCAUUACAAUAAGGAACUGAAGCAGUGGCAUUUGCUGGAAAAAGUUCCACACCGAGCCGAAAACACGAAUGGAUGGGGUUUGGGUUUCAAGGCUGUGGGAGAUGAACUGUACGUUAUUGGCGGACGAGGACCAGGUCAGUUCCUGCCUGAAAUUCAUGCCUACAGGCCCUCGGUGGAUGAAGGUGACAAGUGGAGAUUUGUCACGGAGCUUUGGCUGCCGACCAGUGGAUUUAUUUACAACUGUGCAGUCAUGAGUGGGUGAUUAAUUGUGAAGAUUAGACUACUUUGGAAGCAGAAGCCGUCCGUUCUGCAUCAGAUUCAAGUCGGACACUUAAAUCAGGAUGGGGUCAGACACCUGCAGAAACUGCACUGUCUCCUUUUAAAAGCAGAGGAGCCGAUGAUUGGCGUGGGAGGAUGAUUGGUGUCUCACAGAAACCUCCCUGAAAACUAUACAUAUGCGUUCACAUCUUCUUGAGACAAUCAGUCUCUUGACUUUCAAAUACGUCUUUGCUUUCGGAAAUUACAGCUAUUGCACCAGCAGGAAGUGCAAGUGAACAGAACGACGACAGGACAGGAGGAAGGCUCGACAGCAAGCAAAAGAUUCGUGGAGGGCAACUAGCGGAGGAGUUGGCGAGGACCGCUACCGGGCUAUAGAAAUCCUUCCGGGCCCUUAACGUAAAGUAUGGCAACCCUUAAGAUGGGUCAGUCCACAUUCAUUAUAUCUACAGUUAAAUAUUUCUCGUCGCUACGCAUUUUCAAUGACCAUACACCAGGCCAGACCAAAUUGUCGUUUGGAUCCUCGUGAUUGACUGAUGGAUGCAACAGCAGCAGCAACAGCGGUAGCAGCCUAGGUAGAAUGAAAAGGCCUCUUGUGUGUACCAAUACGAUCUUAACCCUGUAAAGUUCAAAUGUAGCCAAAAUUCAUUUUCCUCUUUCCAGGUUGGGAGGCUGACUGACGUAUGCAGCUUUGGAGCUCAGGAGUCACUACUGUUGCCACAGAAAGUAGGAGACUGGCAUACCUGGGAAGGUUCUGGCCUGCUAAAUUCACUGUAUUAAGCUUUUUCUGGGGAACUGUCAAGAGCUGUUUUAGCUAAGCUAGGUUUCGGUCGGUUUCGAGGCUUGCUCGUAGGAUCAUGAGAACAAUUCCUCUGUAUAUUGUAGCACCAACUGUAGCUAGGCUGUGGGCUGGAGGCUGGGCUGGUCAUGAUCAUGAGAUUGACUCUUUGUAUAUUUUUACCAUCAACUGUAGCUAGGCUGUGCGCUGGAGGCUUGGCUGAGUCAUGAUCAUGUGAUCGACUUUCUGUAUAUUUUACCAUGUUACAUCACAAGUCGUCGUACAAUUCA